UUGCAUGCUUUAUAACUGUACAUGUAUAUACACAAGUUCAUAAUAUAUUAUACAUACAUACAUACAUCAGCAUAUAUAAAGUGCGAAACGAGUAUUUUGGAGUACAAGGUGUCAAUAAUAAAUUAUCAUUUUGUCAAUUCAAAAAAUUAAAAACCUGCUAGCGGAUUCCCGAAUACUUUCCAACAAAAUUAAAAAAAAAAAACAAUAAAAAUACAAUAACAACCGGGCCAACAAAACUGCAUGACUUUUGGCAGCGCGAAAGCAAGAAGAAUAGGAUUUAAAUACUUUAAUACCGAUCAAAGUGGCGACUUCUCCACAACGCGCUUCGAGUUUCUGUAUCGAGGACUCUCUGUCGCACAAUUAAUACGACUUAAGCGCCUCUCCCGCCCCAAGCCAAAGUCAAGCGCAACUGACGCGUCUUUCGACCCUCCACAAUUUUGUGUAAAAAUUUCCACAUUUACGCGCGUUCGGUUGUCGGCGAGCGUUAUUGGCUUAACGCCGCUUAUUUAUCUCGUUCAUGCGAAGGAAUUUACGCGUGUAUUGGAGGGCCCUAGCGCUGCUGGGUGCCCUCCUUUCGAUAAUCAUUGAUUGGCCGGGCAUGAUGGUGUGUGCGCUGCCAGUGACGCUAUUGCAGCCAACAACAACAACGACAGCAACAGCAAGUGCAGCAACAUUGCAACAGCAGCACGCUCUUACAAUGGAUAAAUUAUUGGCGGCGAAUGCGACUUACGGCGCGAGCGCUGCGCUCCAAAAUGCAACAAACACCUACCGCAGCGCUGACAAUGCAGUUAUUGCGGAUGGCGUGCCAGUGAAUGGAAAUUUCACAUUAAAUAUUAAUUUAAAUACAAAUCGAAAUAGUAGCCAUAGUAGUCACUAUAGUGAAAGUGAGCCGGAGCAAGAGCAGACGAAGCAGGAAGCGGAGCACGCGACGGCGGAAUUGUCAAAAAGCCGUCAAGCGAAAAACGCCACCACCAUUCUGGGCGCUAAUGCGAACAACAAACGCGCAGGUGGCAGCGUAAGCGCGCAUCAAGCGCGUGCGCAACAUGCGUCGCCAACAUCCAGCGGCGAUCAGUUGCACAAUGCGCAGCGCAUCAAAAUGCUGAAUUUGAUAUCGAACAAGCGUAAGCGUAAAAAACUCAGCGGCAGCGCACCGGCACAAGAGCUGGAUGACAGCAGCAACAGCAGCGGCAGCCGCGCAAACACAGAUCAACCGGUGCAAACAACAGUUGCCGGCGAUGAUCAUCAUACUACCACAACAACCACCGCCACAACACCACUUAGUUUUAGUGCAAAUAGUAUUAGCAAUAAAUAUUUAAUUACAAUUAAUAGAAAUCCUAAUGAAAAUCAACAAAUGGCCACGGCGCCAAAACGAACGUUAAACAAACUCGAAACUACUACUACUACUACUACUACCACAACGACAACAGCAAUACCUAACAAUGUUAAUAAUAAUAUUGCUAAUCGUUAUGUUAACUAUAUUGAAGAGCAAGUGCAAGCCACCAUCGAUGUUGCGCCCGAUGAUGAGGCGGCGUCGUUAUUUGGUAAUAUGCUCACCAGCACAAGCGCAAGCGAUUAUGAGGAUCAGUAUGAGAGCGCCAGCCGCUCCAGCAUAGCCUACUUCUAUACAACAGCGUCGCCCGACAAUGAUGAUGCUCUGCGGAGUGCUGUGUCAGCGGCGCCGCGAUCUCCCGCCUUCGCAUUCGCCUCAGCGCAUCACACUGCCAUACUGUUGUCGCGCACGGAGCGCAGCRUGCGCCAACCAGCGCCAGCAGCGGUGCAGGCAGAGGUCAGCGCGAGUAGGCGCGCUGUACGCCAUCAUGGCGGCGCCAAUAAUGCUGGCAUAGUGCGACGUUCCUCUGACGGUAGUCCGAAAUCGAGAAGACUGAACAAUUUUAGAAACUUAAAUGGCAGCAGGCACGUGCCCAACAAUUUGGAUCGUAACGAGCGCUCGACCAUCUCAAACUUGUCGGGUUUGUCGCGCAAAAUCCAGAUCUACAUCAAGAAUCGCUUCAUACAAUUGCUGCCGGACGGUACGGUGAAUGGUACACAGGAUGAACAAAGUGAUUACACCAUACUGCAACGUUCGACUGUCGAUGUGGGACGCAUCAAAAUCCAAGGCGUUGCCACCUGCCUGUAUUUGUGCAUGGAUGCAUGUGGCGCUGUUUAUGGCUCGCAAGAAUUCACCGACGAUUGUGUGUUCAACGAGAACAUGGAGCAGCACAACUACAACACUUAUUCAUCCACCUACAAUUCGAAUACACGGCGCGUCUACUACUUAGCGCUGAAUCGGCACGGCGAGCCGCGUAAGCUGCAAAUACCGCCAACCCGCUCGCUUGGCAAACUAGCCACCUAUACGAACGCCAUCACCGAAACGGUGGAUGAUGUACGCGUCGAACAACUGAUAGCGAAGAAUUUCGGCGAGAAUCGCAUUAAGCACGGCAUACGCCAACUCUGUGAUACGGGCAAACCAUUGGUCGACCUAAUCGAUAGCAAACACUUCAAAGCGCUCCCCAAGUGCAAUCCAAAUUCUAGUAAUAACAAUAGCGGUAGCAAUAGUAAUAGUAAUAGUAGUAGCAGAAAGAGUAGCAGCAGCAGCAGCAGCAGUAGAAGUAGUCUUAUAGGUAGUGAUAGUGAUAGCGGUAGUAGUAGUAUUAGCGGCCAAACAAUGAACAACGUUCCUGUUGCCAAUGAAAGAGGCGAGUCACAAAGCAGCACAGUCACAAAUAGCCAUAGCAACCACAACGGUCGGGGUGGCCAGCGGAGCGCCAACACGUYCAAUAGCAUGAGUAGUAGUAUUAGCAAUAGUCCGAUGGCGAGUAAUGACAGCCAUACUAGCGGUAAUAGUAGUCAAAGUGCGCCCGGCCAUCAGAAUCACAAUGGUGGCGGCGGCAAGAAGAAGAAGAAGCGGCGAAAGUGCCGGCCACACGAGAACGAGGAGGAGCACAAUUGCCAAAUGACGCCGCUAGCGCUACGCAAGCUCAAUAAUAAGAAGUGUCGAGAGCUGCAACAGCAAAGAAGGCAGCUUAAAGCGAAGGGCGAAGAAGUGCCCCUUAUGCCACUACCAGCGGAAUGUAAGAAAAAGAAGAAUGGUGGCGGCGGCGGUAGUGGUGGCGGUGCUGUUAAGAAGAAUCGCCAAAAUCAAAAUCAAGAUGCUAAUAACCGCAAUAGCRUUGGCGCCGAAGGCGCAAAUAACCGGCGCGGCAAGAAGUUGAAUGCGAAUGGCCGGCAAGCAGGUGGCGGUGGMAUGGGCAAUCGCAAUAGCGGCGCAAACCGCAAGAAAGGACGUAAUGGUGGCGCACAUGCGCAAAAGAAACUUAAAAAGCAGUCACCAGCAAAAAGUACCACCAGCACUACGCAGGCGACCAGCAGCAGUACGCUUACCACGGCCGCAACUACAACUACAACGCGCCAACAUACUGAAAGCACGACAAUAGCRACGGCGCUCUYAAUGACGCCCACCACCACCGAACUUGGCAGCGCGGAAGUAGAAGAGAGUUUAGACCCGCGCGCUGAGGCGACAAGCGUGCGCGUCGAACGUGAGCGCGAACAACGCAAUGUACGCUACACCAACUCCAUGGAGAAUGAUUUGCAACAAGCGAGCGCGGCGGCGACGGCGGCGGAGGCGGCGACCGCUGAUAAUGGUAAUUCGCGCGAGGACUCAACGGAAGCGGAAGCCAGCGAGGAGGAAGAACACGUUGAAGACGUAGUCGGACAGCUCAGUAGCGCGUCAGAUGAAGAUGACGCGGACGACGACGCUGACGAUAUGUACGACGAAAGUGAGGAGAGCGCGGCGGCAGUGCCGCCUGCUUCMUCGGCGGCUGCUACCGCAACACUGGCAACGAGCGGUGGCAAAGCGACAAUGACGCGCGCGCAGCUACUCGGCGAUGCAGACGAUUUUCUAUACUACGAUCAAUUGGAUUUCCUGCCAAUUGGUCUAUGGAAAUUACUUGCAUUGUACUGGCUGACACACUGGGCGCUACGGCGACGAACGUAACGGUUAUUGGCCAAAAUUAUAAUGAUAAUUGGACAAGCUAAAAUACGAAAUUCUAAAUUUACAAGCAAACACGUUCAUAAGUAGCGCAAUUGUUGCUAUUGUAGUUGUGAUUGUAGUGUAGCUCUACGUAUAAUGUACCGAUUACCCGCUACYCAUUUGCCAUGUCAUCAUUUACGCGUAUGUUGUUGUAUUCAUUGAAAUUACAAUAAUUUAUGAUCACUCAAAGAAAGUUAAAACAAAUUAGUCAACUUUGCAUUACAUAAUUGAAAUGUUGAGAAAUUUAGAAAAAGUCACUGAAAUCUCACGCCAUUAAAAAUAAAAGCUCGCACAUUUUCUAUAAAAUUUUCGCAAUUUUUUUUUUAGCCAAAUUCGAAAAGCACGAAAAUGUAAGCGAUGCUAACGGUGAAUUUACAAAAUGAGCGUUUUAAGUUUAGCAUAAAAAAUGUACAAAAAUACGUUCUACAUACCUAGYGGUACACAGGAAGUAAUAAUAGUAAAUUAAAUAAAAAUAACAAUAAUUGAAAA